UCUCUUUCUCUCUCCUCAGUUCCCUCGCUUUUUUCAGCGAGCCUUCAAAAACUCUCUCUUUCUCUCUCUCAUCCUCUUUCUCUCUCUAGACGAGAGAGGGCGAUCCAAGAUCAAGAGGAGGAAGAAGGAGAAAGGAGCCCGAUGGCGUAUAGAGCGGACGACGAUUACGAUUACCUCUUCAAGGUCGUCUUGAUCGGAGACUCGGGCGUCGGGAAAUCGAACCUCUUGUCGCGAUUCACGAGGAAUGAGUUCAGCCUCGAGUCCAAAUCCACCAUCGGCGUCGAGUUCGCCACGAGGAGCAUCCACGUCGACGAUAAGGUCGUCAAGGCUCAGAUUUGGGACACGGCCGGCCAAGAGAGAUACCGUGCAAUUACAAGUGCAUACUACCGUGGAGCAGUAGGUGCACUUCUAGUAUAUGAUGUCACCCGUCAUGUAACAUUCGAGAACGUCGAGAGAUGGCUCAAGGAGCUUAGGGAUCACACCGACACCAACAUUGUCAUCAUGCUCGUAGGAAAUAAGGCAGAUCUGCGCCAUCUCCGGGCAGUUUCAACAGAGGACGCAAAGUCGUUUGCAGAGAGGGAAAACACCUUCUUCAUGGAGACCUCUGCUCUCGAAUCGAUGAAUGUAGAGAAUGCUUUUACUGAAGUUCUCACCCAAAUCUAUCUGCCGAAGGGGCAGACGAUCAAUGUUGGCUCGAAAGAUGACGUAUCGGCGGUGAAGAAAGCUGGUUGCUGCUCAAACUGAAGCGAUCAGCUCACGGAUUGUAUGAUCCCUCGGUAUAUUUCUUCUGCUCGCUGAGUCUGAGCCUAUUUAUUUGGGGAGGCAUGUCUCUCACGGAUCUGACUUGUGAUGACCGCGGAGAGAAGGCUUAAAACUCUUUGUGUUGGGUAGAAGAAUUUGGGCGGGGAUUUGUCGAUUUAUUGUCAUCUUGUUGUACCGGAGAGUGUUAUUGAUUUCAUCAUUCAUUGUAUUGCUUAAUUUCAUAUCGUAAUUGAAAAGUCCUGCUCGCUAAAUGUUGAUACUUGUGCUA